AUGCGGACGGACAGCAAGGCGGACGUCGGGGACGCCGGCGGGAAAGGAGCCGGCGACAGAGGCCGUGCCGUCGGCAGUCUGUCGGCGCUGACUGGGGACAUGGAGCGCUUGGAUGAGUACAUGCGAGACAAGCGGUUCGCGCUGCAGCUGGCCGUGUGGGCCCUCCGAGGGGUGACGCGGGUGAUUUUAGCCAACAACCCGCUGAGUGGCGCUCUCAUGCUGGUCGCAGUCUACUGGGCCUCCCCCUGGCAAGGCCUGCUGGGCACGGCGGGCCUGCUGACCUCGACGCUCGUAGCGGUCAUCUUAGGACAAGACAGUGCAGAGGUGUGGGGAGGACUUCACGGCUUCAACGGCAUGUUGGUGUCCCUGCUGAUGGGAGCGUUCAACAGCGCCGGAGACUGGUACUGGUGGCUGCUGCUGCCGGCUUGCUUGGGCUCGGCUGCGAGUGUCUUCUUCUUCAGCGGUCUGUCGUCAGUGCUGGACCGCUGGGACGUGCCGGUUGCGGUCUUUCCCUUCAACGUGGUCAUCGUCCUCUACUUCCUGUGCACGGGCCCAGAUAACCCCUACUUCCCGCACCGCCUCGCUGUACCGCCGAGCUCGGCGCCGCCCAACGUGACAGCGCUCAGUGCGGCGGAGGUGUUGCAAGGUGUCCCUCUCGGCGUGGGCCAGAUCUUCGCCUGCGGUUCUCUGGGUCCGUCGCUGCUCAUUCUGGCCGGACUCUGCCUUUACUCCCCCCUGCAGGCCGUCCACGCUCUGCUGGGCUCGGCGGUUGGAACUCUGGCCGGAUUGUCAAUGGCCGUGCGCCACGAGUGCCUCUACUCGGGUCUGUCGGGCUUUAAUGGAGCUCUGGGCUGCAUGGCGGUGGGAGGACUUUUCUUCAGCUUCAGUUGGAGGACCCACCUGUUGGCCAUCGCCAGUGCUUUCUUGUCAGCUUUUGUCGACAUCGCAUUGAGCAAUCUGCUGGGAGCUAUGGGCCUGCCGGCGUGCAGCUGGGCCGCCACGCUGACCGCUACGCUGCUGCUGCUGCUGCCGGGCGGUAUGUCCGCGUACCGAAUCCCGCUGGCUCGGGUCAAGGCCCCCGAGCGGAACCUGCGCUCCCGCAGCCGCUGGGAAGCCGGCAGCGCUGCGGAAAGAAACUGCACCGACGUGGAGCUGGAGACGUUUUGCUCAUCGAUCUGCUGA